AUGUCAGACCCUGAGAGCAAGGGCGACCAGAUCGCCCAGGUCGAGAAUGGAAAGAAAGGACCGCCACCGGACUAUAACCCUGGCGAUGAGCCGGCCAUCAAGGGUGGUCGCCGCGGUCUACAGCCUCCAGAGUUUCUGCUUCACAUGUCGAUGGAAGACCGUCUUCAUCUAGAGGCGAAACUGAAGAGGAAGAUUGACCUUCGAUUGAUGCCCGCGAUCAUCAUCAUGUAUAUUCUUAAUUACAUCGACCGCAACAAUAUUGCCGCGGCUCGGUUGGCAGGCUUAGAAGAAGAGUUGAACUUGACAUCCGUGCAAUUUCAGACCGCCGUCAGCAUUCUAUUCGUCGGUUACCUUCUCAUGCAGAUUCCAUCGAAUCUUUUCUUGAACAAGAUCGGAAAACCGGCCCUCUAUCUGCCAACCUGUAUGAUCGUCUGGGGUACCAUCUCGGCCGCCACUGCGGCUUGCACGAAUUACGCUGGACUGAUUGCGAUUCGAUUCUUCCUUGGUUUUGUUGAGGCUGCAUACUUCCCAGGAUGCCUUUACUACCUGUCAUGUUGGUACACCCGAAAGGAGCUGGGAUUCAGGUCCGCAGUUUUGUACAGCGGAGCAUUGAUCUCGGGAGCGUUUUCUGGUCUGAUCGCAGCUGGCGUCAGAGGCAACAUGGAUGGAGCAAAGGGUCUGCGAGCGUGGAAGUGGCUGUUCAUCAUCGAGGGUGUCGUCACGAUCUUCAUCGCUUUCGGCGCGUUCUUCGUCCUCCCCAACUUUCCCCGAACAACCUCGUGGCUCACCGAGGAAGAGCGACAGCUCGCUGCAUGGCGAUUGGAGGAGGAUAUCGGCGAGGACGACUGGGUGAACAGUGAGGAGCAGACGUUCUGGCACGGCGCGAAGCUGGCUUUCGAGGACAUCAAGACCUAUGUCUUGAUGGUUUUGCUUUUCUGCAUUGUUGCCAGCGGAUCCGUGACAAAUUUCUUCCCGACAGUCGUUGCAACUCUUGGCUACGGAGAUGUGCAUUCGCUGCUUCUUACAAGCCCUCCCUACGUCCUAGCCGUAAUUACCAGCUAUCUUAACGCAUUGCACGCGGAUAGGACAGGCGAGCGGUUUUGGCACAUUAUCUUGCCUCUUUGGGUAGCCGUGGCCGCAUUCAUUCUCGGCGCGGCAACCAUGAACACUGCAGCACGAUAUGUCUCGAUGAUGCUCAUGGUACCGGGUGUCUACACCGGCUACGUCGUCGCAUUAGCAUGGAUCAGCAACACCAUUCCUCGACCACCGGCAAAGCGCGCGGCAGCUCUCGCAUUCAUCAACGCUGUCUCCAACACAAGCUCCAUCUACGCCAGCUAUAUGUAUCCGAAAACAGCCGGUCCGCAGUAUACCGUUGCUUUCAGUGUGAACUGCACCACUGCGUUCAUUGCCAUCUGUGCGGCGACGGUGCUACGCUUCAUCCUGGUACGGCUUAAUAAGAAGCUUGAUGCUGGAAUUUACGUAGCAGGGGCAAUCAAUGCGGCGCCAGGAGAGGCGGCAAGCCAUGGAUUCCGGUUCAAGGUCUGA